CCUCCCUGAUGAGAGUCCCAUUGUUGUUGUUGGAUGGAGAGGAAAGCAGUCUGUACGUUGCUUUGUAUCCAAGGGUGAUAGACACCACAUACUCCGAAUGUGUGGUGUAAAUAUCACAUCAAAGAAACAACCUCAAAUGAAAAGGGAACCUGCUAAAAUGCCAGCAGAUAAGAGUGAUAAAAGUGAUGCUGAUGAACUGAUGGAGGAAGAUGUCAAAAGUAAUGAUGAAAAAGAAGAUGAUAUUGGUAAUGAGGACAGUGGUGUAAAAGAUGAAGAGAUUAUCAUUGAGAAAGACGAUGAAAGUGAGGAGAAGAUUGUAGAAAAAAAAGAUGAAAGUGUAGCCUCUGAGGGUCAUAGUAGUGAAAUAGUGGAGUCCAUUGAUGAUACGAAGGAGGACAAUGAUGAAAUGAAAAUAGAUGAAACUCCUAAAUCUGUUAGUGAUGGAAAUGGAAAAAAAGAAGUCUAA